CAGUUUUUCGAAAGAAAGAAAGCCAGAAAAAAAAAAUCCUAUAUACCUACUACUCUGCCCCUCCUCCGACCUCAAGCCGUUGCCACGUAAGGAGGGGUGGAUUACCUACAGUACCUAGUUUGGUGUAGGUACGUUGUACACGAUAGUUUUUUUUUUUUUUUUUAAUUGUCAUUUUAGUUAUUUUAUUUCAUGUGAUUGGUGGCAACAAGACAACGCGUCUCAUCAAAAUACGUGAGAAUCAAGUCGCGUAACAAAGAGUGUUCAUGUAUGUGCAAGAUACUUACCAGUGCAAGCAAAAGUUUUCCUUCUCCGCCACUGGAACAAAGCUGCCAGUUCCCGUUGGCUUACCCAAUUAGGUAGCGUAGAAGAAGACAGAGGCUCUAGGAUGAGCAGGGAGGUUACUGGGUAUGUGGUUAGUUGCUCUGGAUGCUAGGUCGCAUUGUCUUUUUUUUCUCCCAUACAGGUGGGACCUAGCUGUACCCCGCCAAUGGAGAUUGGGUAUCACCGAAGAGAUUUUUUUUUUUUUUUUCCUUGAACCCCUCCUAUUAUGAAAUCGAAAUAAGUGUUUGCGUUGUCCAGGUGAACAAGUGUUUGUUCGGACACUUGUUUAUAAGAGCGUGUUCUUCAGGUCGAGCUCCUUGAUAUAUAUUUCCUCCUCUUCUGCUCCUUUGCUUUCCCAUUCCUCUCUUCCUUCAUCCAACCCACCACAAACACUUCUCCAUCAUCACAACUGUUCCUUGCCCACCAUGUCUUCAUCCGAGGCCGACGUUGUUAUCGAUCCCCAGACCAUCAAGGAGCUGCACCUCUUUGAGGCUGCCAUCUCAGAUGUCGACACCGAGGUAACUGCCAAGCAGUACCUGAUGUCCCGCGACAUCUUCGCUGCCCGACAAAAGACCAUCGCCAAGAUCCCCAGCUUCUGGGCUGUCACCUUCGACAACGCCGCCUCCGAGCUUGAAGCUGCUGUCACCCCCAGCGACCUUGAGGUCUUCUCUGCUGCCCUCACCUCCCUCGAGGUUACGAGACCUGAGAUCCCGGCCUCGGCCAAGCCCUCCGACCUUGGUCUCGACAAGUUCGGCGAGCCUCGCUCUCUGCAGUUCACUUUCCGCUUUGGCGACAACGAGUGGUUCUCCGACAAGGAGCUUACCAAGAUUUUCUACUUCCGCUACGGCAAGGACGGCUCUGCUGGCCUUGUUUCGCAGCCCAUCAAGAUCAACUGGAAGAGCCCCGAGAAGGAUCUUACCCAGGGUCUGUCAGAUGCUGCCCUGGCAUUCUGGAACGCCCAGAAGGCCGACUCUUCCCAGAAGCUUGACGGUGUGCUUGCCAACGACGCCCGCCACGCCCGUGAUGCUGCCGCCAAGAACCUUGCCGAGUACCAGAGCCUCGCCAAGAAACUCGAAAGCUGUGUUGAGGGUGCUCUAAGCUUCUUCAACUUUUUCUCAUACCGUGGCCGCUGGAUCAGCGCUGCUGAGCACGUCGAGGCCAAGGCCGAGUUGCUCGCCAAGCGCAAGGCCGCUCAGGCUGGCCAGGACAUGGAUGAGGACGAUGAAGACGAGGAUGAUGACGAGGACUUCACUGAGGAGGCUGUCGAGACAUUCCCUGCUGGCCACGAGGUUGCCGUCACCAUCGCCGAGGAUAUCUAUCCUAAUGCCAUUGAUUACUUCAUGGGCAACACCAUUGAUAGCGACAUCGAACUUGAUGACGAUGAUGAUGAGGACGAGGAAAUGGAGGGUUAAGCGCUUGGAUUAAUGAUUUGAUUUCUUUUGUUCUAACCUCAUGACACGGCAUGAAAAAGUCUGGCCCGUGAGCGGUGCAAGUGGUUUCUUUAUUAUACACUUAAUGAUGAAGGUCAGGCUAGUAGCCAGGAGGCUGCGAUGAUGAUUUAGAUAGAUACCAGUUCAGCAAGCUGAAUGUAGAGCGCCACAGCGGCUCAUGAAAAUAUACACAAUACAUACCAUUGGAGUUCUGUGGUUAAAUCUUCUUCCUCUUGGGCAUUUCGUGAUCGCGUAAUCGGUUUCGACCUUUCCCGGAAAUCAUAU